UGCUUUACAUUGGGUCACAACGACCAGUCAAUGAUUGCGCCGUGUAUUUGCGUUCCUGUCCGGCGUUUAUUUUGCAAACCUUUUCAUUUUUGCACGGGAGGAAACUGACAUAGCAAACUCAUCUGUAUGAUAGGGCAAAAGGAGCACACAGUAUGGUCCGGGAAACCAGACAUUUAUGGGUGGGAAAUUUACCCGAAAAUGUACGAGAGGAGAAAAUCAUUGAGCACUUCAAGCGAUAUGGACGCGUGGAGAGUGUCAAGGUCCUGCCAAAGCGGGGUUCAGAAGGUGGAGUCGCCGCCUUUGUGGAUUUUGUGGACAUUAAAAGUGCUCAGAAGGCUCACAAUGCUAUCAACAAGAUGGGGGACAGAGACCUGCGCACUGAUUACAAUGAACCGGGCACAAUUCCUAGUGCCGCAAGGGGGCUGGACGAUAGUCUGUCCUUAAGUUCCCGUGGCCGGGAUGUCUCAGGGUUCACAAGGGCGGCAGGGGGGGCCGUGUAUGUGCCCCCCACGUCGCUCCACAGCAGAGAUGGACGCUAUGAACGCAGACUAGACGGGUCGGCUGAAAGUCGGGACCGAGCGUACGAUCACAGUGCCUACGGACAUCAUGAGCGUCCUGGUAGCAGUUUUGAGCGCCAGCGCCACUACGAAACAGACUAUUACCGCGAUGCAAGAGAGAGAACUCUAAGCAACGCAGGGAGCGGGUCUGGUACCUCCAGUGGAAGUGUUUCAACUGUGUCGUCAGGGGUUGGUGGAACUAUCGUUAGCACUGUUGCGGGCAACACAGGGACAAUUGGAUCAGCAGUUGCCACACCCGGAGGAAGUGGAGGAUCUACAUCAAGUGCGGCUGGCUUCUACCGCUCCCACAGCAGGAGCCCUUGCCGCUUUGAGACACCAGAGCCUCGCUAUGAGCCUCGCACCAGGGAACCCUUUACUUUGGCCAGUGUGGUUCAUAGGGACCUUUACAGGGAGGACAGAAGUCGGCGUGGGGAUCGCUCGUACCGCCCCAGUCGAAGCAGGUCUCCACACUCAACACAUUCGCGAAAUCCCUCUCCUCAGAGACUGGCAAGUCAAGCUACCCGCCCUGCACGCUCCCACAGCGGGUCAGGUUCCCGCAGUCGCUCCUCCAGUUCAGAUUCAGUCAGCAGUACCAGCAGCAGCACGAGUGGCAGUGAUUCUAGCAGUAGUUCCAGUGAUGACUCCCCUGCACGUUCAGUGCAGUCUGCUGCUGUUCCUGCACCCUCAGCUCUUCCUUUAUCCUCCCUUGACAAGGAUGAACCACGUAAAAGUUUUGGCAUAAAGGUCCAAAAUCUUCCUGUGCGCUCUACAGAUACAAGCCUGAAGGAUGGCUUGUUCCAUGAAUUUAAAAAACAUGGAAAGGUCACGUCUGUACAAAUCCACGGAGCUUCAGAGGAGCGCUAUGGGCUUGUCUUUUUCCGUCAGCAAGAGGACCAAGAGAAAGCACUUGGAGCAUCAAAGGGCAAGCUUUUUUUUGGCAUGCAAAUUGAUGUUACAGCCUGGAGUGGCCCUGAGACAGAGAGUGAGAAUGAAUUUCGUCCCUUGGAUGAGAGGAUAGACGAGUUUCAUCCAAAAGCUACACGGACAUUAUUUAUUGGAAACCUGGAGAAAACCACCACUUACCAUGACCUUCUUAACAUCUUUCAACGUUUUGGUGAAAUAGUGGACAUUGACAUCAAAAAGGUGAAUGGAGCUCCGCAGUACGCCUUUCUACAAUACUGCGACAUUGCCAGUGUCUGUAAGGCCAUUAAGAAGAUGGAUGGCGAGUACCUUGGUAACAAUAGACUUAAGCUUGGCUUUGGAAAGAGUAUGCCUACAACAUGUGUGUGGUUGGAUGGAUUGGCAUCAAACACAACUGAGCAGUUUCUUACUCGCCAUUUCUGCCGCUAUGGACAUGUUGUCAAGGUUGUAUUCGACAGAAUGAAAGGAAUGGCCCUUAUCCUGUAUAACAACAUUGAAUAUGCACAAGCUGCUGUCAAGGACACAAAGGGAUGGAAGAUAGGGGGCAGUAAAAUAAAGGUGGAUUUUGCCAAUCAGGAAAGUCAGAUGGCUUUUUAUCGUUCAAUGCAGGCAUCUGGCCAGGACAUUCGAGACUUUUAUGACAUUCUCACUGAAAGAAGGGAUGACCGCAGAACUCAAUACGAGUUUCAGGCUGAAAGACAAUAUUAUGAAAAUGCACGAACACCAGGAACAUUUACUGAAGAUCCACGGCGUAAAUACCCCUCCAGAAGUCGGGAGUUCUAUACUGAAUGGGACCCAUAUCAAGGAGAUUACUAUGAUCCACAGUACUUUGAAGACCCCCGGGAGUAUCGAGAAUACAGAGCUGACCCUUAUGAGCAGGACAUUCGCAAAUAUAGCUAUUUGCAGCGGGAACGUGAAAGGGAGAGGGAGCGCUUUGAAACAGAUCGAGGACGGGAUCAUGGCAGAAGGACUGUUGAACGCAGCCAAAGCCCAUCUCACAUUGCUGCUAGACGUCCUGCUAGCCCUACCGCAUCUCCUUCGCUCUCGGAGAGGAUACCAAGUGAUUCAGACCGCCGUAUUUGUUGCAGAUCUUCUGAGAGAAGUGGUAGCUGCAGUUCAGUCUCCCCACCCAGAUUUGAAAAACUUGAAAAGGCACGAACUGAGAGGUAUAAUAAAACUGACAAACUUGAGAAGGAUCGAGUCUUUGAGGUUGAAAGAGGGAAUUUGGUUGAAAAGGAGAAGCGGACAGGACGUAAAGAUCGAGGGGACAAGGAAAAAAGUGAAAAACAGAGGCUUAAAAAGCUCAAAGUCACAUCACCUAUUAUACAAGGAUGUGAGAUGGAACCUGAACUUGAAAGAGAUGUAAGCCCUGAGUCCAUCAUUCGAAGUAAACACAGUAAAAUUGCAAAGGAAGGCUCGAGCAAAACAAGGUUAGACCUUCUGCCUUGUGUUGUGCAGCUAACACGUGUUAAAGAAAAAGAAGUAAAAUUGUUAGGUCAUCCUGUCCAAGAAAAGCCAAUACAGAGGAGCGGAAUGGACAGUCCUAGAUUGGCCUCACCUUCAUCUGACCAGAAGAGUCCCCCUUUCCGCCCAGAAUCAUUGAAAAUGGAUGGCUCAAAGCAUGGAAAGCCCCCCAGAGACAAAAAUAUUCACAGUUUAGUGGAGGUUAUUGAAAAAGAUGUUAAGAUCAAAUCUAAAAAACAUGGAAAAUCAGAAACAGGAUUUGAAAGUGGCAUUUCUGUGGAUAUUGACCGUUUAGCCGCAAGAAAAAGGCGCUUUGAAGACUCUGGGAAAACUGAUAGACAGAAAAGAACAAGUGAGGACGAUCUUGUUAAAUCUGGACUUCAUAAACUAUGGAACAAUACAAAGGACACUGAUUUGGAUAAGAACCUUCUGAUAAAAGGGAUGCAUAAAAAGGAACACCACAAGGAAAAAUGUGCCCAGAUAGUUUCAGUUAACAGUCCUAAAGAUGCACGAGACAGUGAAAACAACUUCCUAGGCUUGUCUCUGGAGCGGCAGUCAAGGCCAGAUGAGCCUCCUGAAGAUACUACUCAUCAACUAGACUCUCCUUAUCUUAAGAUGGAUUUAGAAGGCUCAAAAAGCAAGAACAGCCCCAUUCACUUAAAGAUACCAGAUCACGGCAACCUUGACUUAGAUGAAUUUAAACAACAUAAACAGGUUUUGUCUGAAGAUGAGCAAGGGAGAGGGAAGUGCAAAGACUUGGAAGAUGGAAAUGAACACCUUGUGCAUAUUGACCAGAAUAAUAUAAGCACUGAACAAAUUGAACAGGGUCAAUGGCUCCAAACCAAGAUUGGUAAUCCUGAUGAGUUAGUGAAGUUUGAUAAUCCACCAAUUAAUGAGACUCGUGAUUUUGAUAAGGAUUUUAUCUUGCAUGAUGUUGGAAAACCACUUCAGGAUUUGGCCAAUGAUGACUUGUCCUCUUCAAAACGAAAGAAACUACAGAAUUUUGACUUUGAAAUUGUCACUGCAAAAAGAGAGCGCAACUUUGCAAGUUACCAAAAGCUGAAUGAGGAUAUUUAUCAGAGUUUAACAUCCUCAAUAGGGCAUGGUCACUUUUCUGCAAAUGAGGAUGAAGAGACUGCCCAGAUUUCAGUAUCAAUAAUAAACAAAGAAAGAAAAUCUCCAACAAUGGACGAUACAUUUUCACACACAGAUUCACUAAAAAACAGUUUUGGUCUGACAGACACACAUUUUCAGUCUUCUGACAUUGAGCUCCCAAAGCUUAAGACAAACUUGUUUAGCUGUGAUGAGGACAUAAUGCAACGUUGGGAAAGUCGUAUAAAGUCUGAUUCAUUUAGAAUGGAAAUGACUUUCCCAAGUGAUAUUUCAAAACAUGAAAGCAUCCGAAAACGCAUGGACCAGGAUUUGGAACCCGGAGAAGUUCAGUCUGAUUCAGAUGAUGAUGGAGAAAACAAACACAUUCCACCAAAGUCCAAUAGUUCCUUGUCCUUUAUCCUCAGGGAACGGGAUGAAAGGAUGACAGACUUGAAGCUUUCAAGCUCCUUGGAAAAGAACAAGUUCUAUUCUUUUGCAUUAGAUAAAACUAUAACUCCUGACACAAAAGCACUUCUUGAAAGAGCCAAAACACUUUAUUCCUCGAGGGAAGAUAAUUGGUCCUUUCUUCCUUCACGUUUUCCAGCUUCCCACAGCUGUACAGAUAAGGACAAGGUAGAGCUAGCCCCUCGCCCUAUUCCUUCUUGGUAUAUGAAAAAGAAAAAGAUUCGCACUGACUCUGGUGAAAAGCUGCAUGAUAAAAAGGAGGAAUUAAAGCCACAAGACCAAGAGCGUCAAGACUUGUUUGCCUCUCGCUUUCUGCAUAGCUCAAUCUUUGAACAGGAUUCCAGACGUUUGCAGCAUCUUGAACGUAAAGACCAGGACUUAGAAACUGGAGUUGUCAGGCCUUCUAUUAAGCCAGGUGCUAUUAUGGCACAGCCUGAAUCUGUAACAGGUGGUACCCUACAAGAGCCAAUAGUUCUUUUCCAUAGUCGAUUUUUAGAGCUUCAACAACAAAGGGACAAGGACCAUUCCCAGCCAGAUGCAGAAAAUGAUUCUGUUGUGGUGGGGAUUAAAACAGAAGAAGUGCAAAAUUGUGAUAAUGCGGUUUCAGAUAAGGAAUCUGAGCCACAAGAAAAGCCUAAAGAUAAAUCAGCCAGCCCUGAAUUGACAAUGUCAGUUUCAGCUUUUGUUCCUAUUGCUAAAGGAAUACCUGCACAAGGAAGGAGAGAACUUUUAAAUCUUUCACCAGAACAACCUGUGUCAUGCGUGAAAGAAGAACAUUUGGAGCCAGUUGUUGAGUCACCCCCAUCUCGUUCUCUUCCAAUGGAAAACAUCAAACACAUUGCUCCUAAACUCAACAUAACCCCUUCACUCAUCCUUGCAGAGCCAGAAAUGGAAACGGAACCAAAAUCAGAGCUAUUUGAACCCAAAGCCAAAUUUGGAGAUAGUUUGGCAGUUGAACAUAAUCCUGUUGUGGAGGACAAGCCUCCCACUCCUGGUGGUUGCCUUAGUGGUUUUGAGAAAGAGAAUACAGAAUCUACUUCUUCUGAUUAUCCAAAGAUUGAUGACAAAUCUGUAAUCCUAAAGAUGGAACCUAAAAUAGAAAGUCCAGAAACAAAAAACUUAGAGGAAUCUCACAAAACUGAGACAGAUAGUGAGACCUGUAUGCCAGAUUUAGAGGCUGAAAUAAAGCCAUUUCCAAAUCGCAGACAGCCCAAGAGUAAAAGGGCAAAACCACUGACAGUAUUACGCACUUCACAACCUUCCCAAAAUGUUGCCACUGAGAAACCAGCAACACGUAAAAGUGAACGAAUUGACAGAGAGAAGUUAAAAAGAGCCUCAUCUCCUCGGGCAUCUGAGUCUAAAACAACAUCCAAGUCACCAAGUCAUGCAUCAGAUUCAGAGCAAAACCUUGAGUCUAGUUUGAUUCAUGGUAGAACACGUCGCAGAAAUGUAAGGUCAGUCUAUGCCACGCUACAUGAAGAUGACCAAGUUAACAAAGAGGUAGUUGAGUCACCACGUUCCAUGCGCAAACGUGGAACUGACAAAGAGCCAGUUCAGCAAGACAUUCAGACACCAACUACCAAUGCACGGCGAGGACGUCCACCUAAAAGGGGUGUUAAACGUGGUGAAGAUCUAUCACCAGUUAAGACAGAUCAGCAGAAAGUGACAGAAGAUGAGACUCAAGAUGAGUUCAAAGAGUCCUCCACUGUGGUUGAGGUUGUCAAAGCCUCUGAGGGAUGGCGGUCACCCCGUACCCAGAAAGUGCUACAAACACAAUUCACUUCAUCUGCUCAAGCUAACAAGAAAGGCAAUAGAAUAGAAAAACUGUCGGACAGCACUGCUUUGCUAGCUGACCAAGCUGAUCUGGGAAGUCAUCAUGAGUCAGAGCCUACGCCUACAACUGAUUCUGAACUGUUUGGGAAGUUUUCAGAAAAUGAAGAAAAUGCAACAUUACAAGUGCAAAUAAAGGAAAAAGACUUAAAAGAUUCUGGUGGAAAUAAAUCUACUGGUGGGGAUAGUGAAACGUUUCAAGCUAGUUGUUCUGAGAGGAGACAACAGCCUGAAAAGAAUGUCAAAGUAAAAACAUCAAGGCUCAAAAGAAAUAUCAAGCAGGUCACUGGGGAUCAAUCACACAGUUUAAAAAAUCUUGAGAUUCGUGUAAGCGUGGAUGAUGUAAAAGGUUUACUUCGUACAGAGGAAGAUGAGGUUGUGUCAUUUGAAGCCCCUACCAUUACUCAAACCAAGACAGAUGUACAAGAGAAAGAGGGAACAAUGAUCAUAGGCUUUCCAAAAGAAUCAAAAGAACCUGGUGCCCAGGAAAUGGAAGACAACCUAUCAGACACUGAACUUCCUGCUGACCCAGCUGCUGCACUUUUAGCAAGGCAGAUGGAACUAGAGCAAGCCGUUGAAAACAUUGCUAAACUUACAGUUGAGCAUCCACCUCGACCUUACAAGGAACCACCUACAGAGCAACCUGUAGUUUUGCCUCCGGUCAUAGUAGAGCCAGAGGGUGAAGUUGAGGAGGAGAAGCCAGCCAAUCCUGCAAGCGAAACUGAACUUGCAGCUGCUAUUGAUUCCAUUACAGCUGAAGAAACAUGUGUAGAAGCAGAUGGUUUCACAGCUUCUUCUACAUAUAUUCCUACACCUGAACCCCUGGUAUCCCCCUCUUCCAAUGAGAUUAUGGAACCUGAAACACACAUGGUGAUCAACAAUAUUCUCGCAGCGGAUUCAGAUGAGGGUCCUCUUACACCCAGUCCAAAGGGACUUAUAGCAGAGUCUAAAGAAGCUGAGGAUACCCCUCUACUUGAAACACCCAAGAAAACUGGUAAAGUGAGAUCAAAAACCCCAAAGAAAUCUAAAAGUCGUAAAGGUGCUGCCAACAAGAAAGGGGAUACUGCUGAAGACAUUUCACAACCUGUGCCCUCCCCAAACAAGUUACCAGAGUCAAUCCCAGAGGAUCCAGAAACUAAUAAAUCCAAAGCAGUAACUUUUACAGCAGCCGCCUCAGUGGUCACUGCUGUUGCAACUUGUAGGCGCGAUGUUACAAGUGCAAUAACUGUAGAUGCACCCAAAGAGGCAGAACAGCCAGCAGUAGAACAGCCUGUACCUAAAGAAUCUGCCUUUCAUACAGGCACAAGCAACAUCUCCAGCUCUAAAAAGCAUCUCCUAUCAACAGAGCCAUCUACCCCUACACUUGCCCCAGCUUCUGCCCGCCCACAACCUGUAUCCCAGUUCAGUGUACCCCUGCUUCGGCCUUCAAAAAUGUCUCUUUCACCAGAUUGGCUUCCCAGAUCUGAAGAAAGUAGAAUCUUUGUUGCACCUUCAUGUCAAGCAUCAGUGGUGACCUCUUCUGCACAAGCUUCAACUACACUUGGAACCCCUUCCGCAAAUCCCCCCAUGCCUCCUGAUACCAAGGCCUCGGAUAUUGAUCCAAGUUCCAGUACCUUAAGAAAAAUCCUUAUGGAACCAAAGUAUGUGUCUGCAUCAAACAGCAAUUCUAUACCUACCACUAUAGUAACAUCUGUACUCUCAGGUCCUUCACGGAUGUCAGAGAAUGAAAAUCCCUCCGAUAAAAUGGGUUCAAGACAGUUACAUCCUGAAGAGAGACCACCUUUACCCCCCCAGCCUAUACACCACAAACCCUUUCCACUGACUGAGUCUCAACAGAACUGUGGCGAAAAACCCCAACAUACUGUUAUUUCUCCUGCUACCUCAGUUAUAAGUCGAAUUCCAAUGCCUUAUGAUACAGAGGAAACGCCACGGAUUUCCCUUAGUAACCGAAGCAUUGGCCCAUCUAUACAGAAGCAAAAAUUUAGAUUAAACUCUAAUGAGAACAAUCGCUACCAUGGCAUGGAUAUAGUAGAAGAUGGGACUAGAGGGCGCUCUGUUGUUGAGACUACCCCAUACAGUACAGGCCCUAGUCCUGGCCUGAGGGUCAAUACAUCAGAGGGUGUUGUUGUUCUUAGUUACUCUGGCCAGAAAACCGAAGGACCUCACAGGAUGAGAGCUAAAAUUAGUCAAAUCCCCCAAGCCAGUGUCGGUGAUAUAGAGUUUCAGCAAUCUGUGACCAAAUCUUCAAUAAAGCAAGACUCAGUUAUGACAUCAUCCCAGUCGCCUACCCGAAAAGUUUCAACUUAUGGACACACAGGAGUUCUCUUGACAGGUCAAUCUUAUAACUCUCAACCUGUUAUUUCCAGUACCAAGCAAGAGAGUCUCAGGAGUGACAAUUCUGAUGCUCCAUAUCACACAACAACCCAGGGUGGCGUGGUUAAGAUGUUCCAACACCCAGUCAGUUCUCCUCAAGUCUUGAUGUACAACCAAGCUGUGAUACAGCAUCAGCAUGUCAAAAGAGGACUAGGGACAGAACCUCUACCCAAAAAAGUAGACAUUGGCAAAGCUGUUCAGCAGUCUAACCUCAGCCCAGUUAUGAGUCCCCACCACCCAUCAAUAUCUGGAACUCGCAUGAGUCCCAGCCCAGGCAUUCCAACUGAUCGGACAGCUCAUCACCUAAAGCAGGAACCACAAUCCCCACGAACAGCUGUUCAAUCCCCUCUACCUUUUGUCAAAGCCUGUCCUCCAAGCAGUUCUCCUCGAGGAACUUCUGUAGUUCUGGGUCAUGGCAUUCCGCAGAUGUCUACAUAUCAUUCUAGUAUUCAUAACCCUCACUCAGAGCAGUCCUCCGUUAUAAUGCAGCCUCACAGUGUCACGCAGUCAAUGGCUCACGAAGCCAGGAUGAACACUCCACCGAUGACUGGGAUAAACUAUGGAAGGAGAGUUGAGUCUCUGUCUUCUUCCCACACAGGGCCUCCACAGCGCUCAAACACGCCACAGUCUAAUGUUAUCCGAGAUAUGGUACUGCAGUCUCAUUCAAGUCCUAAGGGGUCGGUAUCAGUUGGGGCUGCGAGCAAUGUAAAUGAAGAAGACCCCAGGCACUUUAACCAAGCGCUUAGCAGACCCUCAGUACCCCAGCUUCACUCAGAUGUUAUGAUGAUUCACAGUGAUCAUCGCAGGCUCCACCCAAACAUACGCAUUGACCAGUACAGAGACAUGCACCAGCGCCUUCUCAUGCACCAGCAACUGGGAGAACAGGCCACAGUAGAACCAAGGCAGUCUUGCCCCUCAGAGACUACAGCAACUGUGUCAAGCAACAUCGCUGGGCGGUCAAAGAAUCCAAUGGUGGGAAAGAACAUUGAACCUUCUGCAAAAGAAUCUCUCAAACCACUUGAAGGGAAGCUGAUACAGCCACCUAUGAACGAAAGUAGAAUAAGGGCAGUUCAUACAUCUAGUCCUGUUUUGGUUUCUCCACAUUCCCAUGGGGUUCAGCUGAUGCAUCCACCAAGUGUAGGUCCCUUUCCAGUGUACCGUGAGAUGAGGGGCUUUCCACCACAGUUUCCAGGACAGUCUUCAUCAGGGCACAACCUGGCUGGCCAAGGCAUUGCAUCUUCACAGGUCCCACUGGAAUCUGCCCUGGGUUCUAGGGAUAAAAUGUCUCAGUCACAUGGGGGAGGAAGUGAUUCCAAGACAGAGAGUUCCCAUCUUCGCCAUGCUACCUCUACGGAUCUGUCACACAUUUCCCGGCUACCAGGGGAUGCACUCUCACCCUCAUACCAGUCUCCCAUGACGUCCCCCAUGUGUCUUACUCACAAGCCAGAUCCAUCUCUGCUUAAGGGUGCUCAAUCCUUCCUUCCAACACCUCCACCAGCAGUACCCCCAUCAGGUUCACUGAUGCCACAGCGUGAUGCGAAACUGGAACAUUCAGGCCAUCGUUCUAUUGACAUGGUGCAGCUUAUGACAAAAUAUCCUAUUGUAUGGCAAGGCAUGUUAGCGCUGAAGAAUGACCAGGCUGCUGUGCAGUUGCACUUUGUUUCUGGCAACACUGUGCUGGCCCAGCGCUCCUUGCCACCACCAGAGGGAGGUCCUUUUCUACGUAUUGUCCAGAGGAUGAGGCUUGAGGCCUCACAGUUGGACAGUGUUGCACGCAGAAUGACUGUGGAGAAUGAUUACUGUUUGCUACUGGCUCUACCCUGUGGUCGAGACCAAGAAGAUGUCCUUGGUCAAACCCAAGCCUUGAAUAGUGGCUUCAUCACCUACCUGCAAGCCAAACAGGCAGCUGGCAUCAUUAAUGUGCCCAACCCUGGCUCUAAUCAGCCAGCUUAUGUGGUGCAGAUAUUUCCACCAUGUGAAUUCUCUGAGAGCCACCUCUCUCGACUGGCCCCGGACCUUCUUAUCAGCAUCUCCAGCAUCUCCCCUCACCUCAUGAUUGUCAUUGCCUCAGUUUGAUUACCUCCAUCAUUUUCCUGAACAAAGCCAACACCAGCCGUUUUGGACUCGUCCAGUUGUUUUUAACUGGAAUUGCCUCAUAUUUAUAUGAGUUUGACUUUUUGUAAAUAUCUUGUUUUAGCACCUGCUCACCUUUUUUUCCCUUCAUGUCACCGAGUCCUUAAGUCACUUAAUGACAUUGAUUUUCAAAAAACUACACUUUUGCAGAGAUGAUCUGAAGGGUCGAAUGGGAUUUUUGAUGACCAUUUCUGAUUCAUUCAUUUUUGCCAUUUUUGGAGGUGUUGUGCAUAGCCUUUUCUAAUUCAUAGCAUCCAUACAGCUAUGGAUUGACCCUUCUUAUGGGAUAUUUUUUACCUUCAUAAAAGUGAUUGUGAAUUUCUUUUUUAAAAAGACGAACAAUGUGAGAAGUCAUUGCACUAUGUUAGGGAAACAAUUGUGAACUCUGUACAGAUUUGCGUAUAAAAUUCUACAUGUUAUGAAAUUACUCUUGUUAACAGCCAUGCUUGAGCAAGUAAAAAAAAAAAAAAAAAUCAUUGCCUGGGAAAUGAUCAUGAAUCAUUUCAGCCUGAUCAAUCAUACUGCUCUGUUGCUCCUUUGCCGUCAGCCAACUUCUACGUCAUUUCCAGAUCCAACUCUCCGCCCCGAAGCGUUCCCUGCCCCAGGAACUCGGAAGGGGACUUUUAGAGUUGUACAGUUUACACUCAAUGCCUCAACAGGGGACUAUAUAAAGAAUAUUUAAUUUUUUUUGUUUUUUUUGUUUGCAUCUUCGUAAGCCUAAGGGUAUUGUGGACAAUUGUGAAACUGUAAAUAUUAUAAAUAUUUAAAGACUGAAGCAAUGUGGAGAGACCAAGUGAUUUAUUUUACAAAACAGAUCAUCAAAUCGCAAUGUUUGUUUUCUUCUUUGGGCUGGGGCAAGUGGGGUGGGGUGGGGUGGAAAGGACCUGUAAGCUAAAAGUUAUUUUGUUUUUGUUAUUGAUUCUGUGCCAAAAUGUCUUGCAGACUUUCAACACGCAUUGUAUCUAAAACAGAAAUGGAUCAGAACUUAUUUUCAUAUGUGACUUUGUAUUUUUCUGCUCAGAGGGCAGACUUGAUUGCUUUCUUUUGGUAAUGUUCAUCAACCCGACUCUGUUACUACAGUGCUUUUUACAUUAUAUAAUUGUUUCCUCGUUUUGAAGGAACCAUUGUAUUGUAGGGUUGCAUUUCUGUUUUCCUUCUCCCUCAUGUGGUCCUCCACUGCCCCCUACUGUGUGAAAAUCAUGUUCUAACAUAUGAAGACUUGCAUACUGAGGUCAUUUACGUCGUGACUUCAUGACAUGUUUUUUAGCAUGCUUUAUUUUCAAAAUGCUUUUGUCAAAUCAUAGAGGCAAAGAAUGUGACUUGAACUUGAUAUCAUGCCGCUAAUGGAUGUGUUGCUCAUCUGUCUCCAUCCCUCCCCUUAAAUGUCUUUUUGAGCCAAGCUGUACAUACUAAUGUCCCUAACCUGUGCUCUUGUGUAUUUUCCCUUUAUAAUUGUCUUUCUUCAGGGUCCUUAUUUUUGUUUUGUGCAACAAAACAAAGCAGUCUGAAAGAGACAGGUGAGGUGUGAAACCGAUGCUGAAAGUAAAACCAUGCUUGUCAGUUUUUGUGAUGUAAAUAUUUCUAUGACUGCAAGCUGAGUACUCUCAUGGUUAUGUUGAAGGCACUUAUAAUUUUUGAUAAACAAACAAGAAAAAGAUACAAGAAAAAAAAAACUUAAACCGCUGAUUAAUAUGAAAACUGUCUUUUGAUCAAUCUUCAUUUUGAGUGUAUUUUGCUGUUCCUCCAUGAGGAAUUUUAAACUGUAAAAUAAAUGGUUGUUUAACUUA